GCUGGUGACGCCAUCGCCCCGGGAAAUGACGCGGCUCGCGGAGGCGGAAGUGGAGCGCGUUGCUAUGGGCUGCUGCUGGGAUGCUGUCAGAUCGUGAGAAGAAGGCAGCGUUCAGGAUGAGGCUGUGACUGAGCGGGUGUGAUGGCUGGGAAGGUGAAGUGGGUGACGGACAUCGAGAAAUCAGUGCUGAUCAAUAACUUUGAGAAGAGAGGAUGGAUCCAGGUGACGGACAGCGACGACUGGAACUUCUACUGGAUGAGCAUCCAGACCAUCCGUAACGUCUUCAGCGUGGACACCGGCUACCGCCUGUCCGACGACCAGAUGGUCAAUCACUUCCCCAACCACUACGAGCUGACCAGGAAGGACCUGAUGAUCAAGAACAUCAAGCGCUACAGGAAGGAGCUGGAGAAGGAGGCCAGUCCUUUAGCGGAGAAGGACGAGAACGGCAAACACCUGUACCUGGAUUUCGUGCCGGUCACCUUCAUGCUGCCGGCCGACUACAACCUGUUCGUGGAGGAGUUUCGCAAGAGCCCGUCCAGCACGUGGAUCAUGAAGCCGUGUGGGAAGGCGCAGGGCAAAGGCAUCUUCCUCAUCAACAAGCUCUCCCAGAUCAAGAAGUGGUCCCGGGACAGCCGCACCUCCACGUUCGUGGCGGCCAACAGCGGGAAGGAGGCCUACGUCAUCUCCCUGUACAUCGAUAACCCGCUCCUGAUCGGAGGGAAGAAGUUUGACCUGAGGCUCUAUGUGCUGGUCACCAGCUACAGGCCGCUCAAGUGCUACAUGUACAAGCUGGGAUUCUGCCGCUUCUGCACGGUCAAAUACACCCCGAGCACCAGUGAGCUGGACAACAUGUUCGUGCACCUCACCAACGUGGCCAUCCAGAAGCACGGCGACGACUAUAAUCACGUCCACGGCGGAAAGUGGACAGUCAGUAACCUGCGUCUGUAUCUGGAGAGCACCAGAGGACGGGACGUCACUAAUCACCUGUUUGACCAGAUCCACUGGAUCAUCGUCCAGUCCCUGAAAGCUGUGGCUCCCGUCAUGAAUAACGACAAGCACUGCUUCGAGUGCUACGGUUACGACAUCAUCAUCGAUGAUAAACUCAAGCCGUGGCUGAUCGAGGUGAACGCGUCUCCUUCGCUCACCUCCAGCACGGCUAACGACCGCAUCCUGAAGUACAACCUGAUCAACGACACGCUGAACAUCGUCACGCCGAACGCCGAGAUCCCGGACUGCCGCUGGAACCGCAGUCUGCCCAAAGAGGCUCUGGGACACUACCAAGUGCUUUACGACGAGGAGCAGGCUCUGAGCGAGAGCGCCGAACGAGACCUCAGGAGCCGCUCGGGUCAGCCGCUGGGGUCAAAGGGCAGCAGGUCGAGCAGCGUCAGGCCCUUCCCGGCCACCUGGAAGUGACGAGGACGGCCGCGUCUGCAUGAAGAACAGUUGAUAUAUCUACCAGCCUGUGCUUCCAGCUCAGGUCUAAUGACUCGCAGCGGUCCGGUUCACAACCCCAGUGAAGAUAACCAGAGGCCCCUGGGACACGGCCUUACAGUACACCCACCCAGAAAGGCAUUUCCCUGUUUAUGUAAAUGUUUUUUAUUUCUUGUUAUGCCAGUUUACAAUUAGAACCCUCUUCUGCAUAACUUGUGUUUGGAUUAACUGAUUCUUGACAUGAAUGUAGAUGCUGGAAUGACUUUAAGAAGAAAAUAAACUAACAUUGAAAUUA